CAUCCUAGCAGUUGAGAGCACAAGAAACAGAUCCAUGAGUACUACAUUGCGUUGGAUGGAUAAAGCCUGGGAGUUAACAGCACAUUACAUUUUUCAAGUGGACUUACCGUCGUGGGCUUUAAAAGAGAUCAGCAGUAAGGCUUUCCUGAUGGCAUCCAAUAUCACCACCACCAUCUCCCAGCAGUCCUCCUCUUCGUCUGUUCCUCUGUCCAUCAACGCCAUGGUCGGCAUCACCAUCUUGACCCUGGCCUUUGUGCUGGGCUUCCCUGGGAACCUGUUUGUUGUUUGGUCAGUGUUGUGCCGGGUGAAGAAGCGCUCAGUGACCAGUUUGCUGGUGCUGAAUCUGAGCAUGGCGGAUGCUUUCGUGCUGCUCAGCGCCCCUUUUUUCCUGCGCUACCUGGCUGGAGGACGAGGCUGGGAGUUUGGCUCGGCAGCAUGCAAGCUGGUGCAUUACCUAUCGAGUGUGAACAUGUACGUGUCCAUCUACCUCAUCUGCCUGAUGAGCAUGGACCGCUGGCUGGCCGUGUCCAGGCCGUUUCUGUUCCAUACAAUGAGAACCAAGUGCUCCCUCCUGAUUCUUCUGCUUGUGGUCUGGGUGUUAGCGUUGCUCCUGUCAGUCCCGAUGCCUUUCUACCGCAGACUGGAGAUGAGGAGUACUUUCCCAAACAAUAUCACUUUGUGCUCCUGCGUGCCAUACCACUGGAAGAGCAAGGGUCAUUGGGUCUUCCAGUACCUGUUUGAAACCAUCAUGGCCUUCCUGCUGCCUUUCUCCCUCAUCAACACCUGUAACUCCUCCGUCAUCUGUCGUCUGCAGAGUGCCAAGUUCCAGCGCCGAGCACAAGGCAGCCGCCUCAUCCUGAUGGUCAUCUGUGCCUUUGCAGUAUUCUGGCUGCCGUAUCACAUCGUCAAUAUCAUAGAGGUGGUGGGCCUUUUGCAGGACAGUAAAUCCGCUGUUACAGUCGCCCAUGCAGCCCGUCCAAAUGUCACGGCAUUCGCUUACUUCAGCAGUGCGGUCAAUCCCAUUUUGUACGUGUUUGCCGGCAGCUCCCACAUCCGCAAGGCCGGCUUCAGCUUCAUGGGCAAGCUCUUCGAGGCCACCAGCUCGGAGAACAGGACCCCGUAUACCUUCACCCGGAGCGGACACAUUAACCGCAGAUGCUUCACACCGGACAAGCGCUCAGCCCUGAACACCCUGUCGAUGAAACUGGGGAGGCUGUUCAAAAGCAAGGAAAAGGACACGAGCGGCGGCGUGGCGGGAAAAGAGGCGGACGUGCUUGAACUCAGGACUCUGGCCAUCCAACUAAACUGAUACACUGUGUUGACUCAUGAGUUGAAUUGUAAGAGAUUUUUCUUACAUAACUUUUAUAUCAGGAAUUCAAACAACUAUUGUAUGUAUUUCCUUGUAAGCACUAUUAUAUCAUCAUUUCAUUUCAUUUAUUCGUUUACUUGAAGAGGGACAAUGCACAUUGAUGAACAUCUUUAACAAUUAAUGCUUCAAAAUGUAAAUAUGCCGGAUUUUAGCAUUUAGCUCAUUUCCAUCCGUAGUCCCUCACAUACAACAUUUAAGAACUUGAUAUUUAUAUAGCAAAAAUAAAUACAUGAUAUGCAGAAAGAGCAUGAGCAGCAGACAUGCAUUAACCACAUGGCAGUACAAUGUAGCAUUUACGACACAUAAAGUGCAAGAGAAGAUAAAAGAGCAACAUAAAGUGCAAAAAUGUAUUAAAGUGCAUUUAGCAGUGAUUGCA